AUGCCCGGACGCGGCACAUGUGCAAUCUGCGGCCCGCGAAAUAAAAGCGAGCUAGAUAUUAUUGCCCUUCCUCGUUAUUUUCACAUGUUCAAACUAAAAUCUAUCGCCUACUGCAGUUAUUCCAGCGCUCUCGCUGGUCCGUGCCCAACAUGCUACACCAAAACCGUUGCCGGCAGGAUCAAUUGCCCUCUGAUACCAGCUCUGACGACACCUUGCCAUGAACUUAAAUGCGUGUCUAUCACCUACAUAUCCAUUCCCGGCCCUAAUCCAGCCUAUCCAACUACUCCAAUCGUCACCUCCUACGGCGCCUGCCCAACCACAGCCACUUGCCGAACAAGCUGUCUCGUCGUGACAACAACCGAGACAGGCACUUCCUACGACUGCGGAGUCAGCUGGGAAACUGGCACCCCAAGCAGCCAAGUCAGCGUCACCAUUGAACCCGUCGCGACCAAUUCCACGUAUGUGAGCUGGGAGAAGCCUGACGAGCCAGCUACCGGUGCCGCGCCCGCGACGACCACAGAUCCGAACUGUGUCCCGCCUCCGGGCUAUACCCACAGCGUUCCGGCCUUGCUCUCUUGUCCUUCUCUCGCAGCCCUGUCUCGUCCUUGCGUAGUGCCUGAGUGCGCGAUCAUCACGACAACGACUGUCCCAGGGCCAAAUCCCGCAUUACGGUCACAGUACCAAGUUGGAGCUGCGCGUUCGCAGCUAGCGAGACGGGUCCGGAAGCAGAUCCUCAGAUCUAGUGGGGACCGCCGAAGGGCAUUAUCAGCUGGUACAAUGAGAGAAGAGAACCAGAGCCCACGCCUUUGCCAGAAGCAGACCCCCAGAUCUGGUGGGGCCCACCAAAAGCCAGCCAACCAUCGUCCCCCCUGCGUCCCCACCCGCUGCUUCGUAGACGAGUUUCUCUGCCCGAUCUCCCCCGCGCAGGCGCCAGAACGCCGUGAUCUUGAAGCGCGCGAGGACUGCAGCACGACUACCGCUACGUUCUAUGCCGGGUGUCCAACGUGUGGUGCUGAUUGCGCGACUCCGAAAUCAUCCGGAUAUGGCACAGCUGGGACGACGCUGUCUUGCCCUACGGCUACGGGGACGAAGCCGGCAAAUUGUGAUGAGGUGUAUUGUGUGCAGCGUGUGCCUAGGGCUACGAGCGUGGCGGGGGUAAAGGAGAGGAGCGAAGAUAGGGUUGGGGCGGAAUGUACAAAUACGCCGACUGUGACGGUGUUGGGGAAAUGUUGUCCGAUUUGUUAG